CUCGCAAUGAGAAACUUUUGGUAUUCUCUGUGAUUGAUAUCUAGAUUGCUGAAACGUUGUACACAGUUUAAUAUCUGCUUUUUCAAAAAAGAAACCAUUGAUGGUUCCUGGAUUUUUAUGACUGAAACGUACGCCAAUCAUGAGGUGCUUGGUACCUUUUAUUCAUUUAACAGUUGUUCUUCUUAUUCAAGGCUCAGGCGCUCAGCUGCAAGUACAACUAGUGAAUGGAACAUCAUAUUGGAAUGGCCGUUUAGAAAUAUUACACAACGAAACAUGGACCACAGUGUGUAGCCAUUAUUUUGGAAAAGAAGAGGCACGGGUAGCCUGCAAAAUGCUUGGUUUGGACAGUUCGCGGGCCAUGGCUGUGGGGUCAGGUCAGUACGGCGAAGGUUCAGGUCUGAUCCUCUUUGGCAACAUCACGUGCACAGGGAAGGAGUCGAGUUUUGAUGAGUGUCAACAUGAUGGAUUUUACAGGCGUGACUGCAGACACAGUGAUGAUAUCGGUAUCAUCUGUAAUAUCAAACCAUUACGACUUCGCUUGACGAGUGUUUUUGGAGACCAACCAGACAUAAACCGUGUGGAGAUGGAACUCGGAACCCAGUGGAACUCACUUUGCAUGACUCGCAAUGCUGCCAAGGUUGUAUGUAGACAGCUCGGCUUAUCACAGCAUGCUGCAUUGUAUACGAAUGUAUCAAUGCAGAAGGAAAUUUUAUCUGAAAAUAACAAGCACUCUGAACUGGAUAUGAAGUUUAUGUGCCUUGGGAAUGAGACAAGCCUUUUGGAGUGCGACCAUUAUGGACAGAACAAAGAUGUUGUUUGCGGAUUUUAUAACAGCGUCAACUGUAAUGAGUCAAUACCUCAUCUUCGUAUCCUGUAUAACGAGACUUCAUUUCCGCUGCUUGAUGGAUCAAAUUUAACUCUAGAGUGUGAGAUCACACAGUCCGGGGAAUUAGAAUUCACAUACCUGUGGUUUGAGUAUUCAAGGAAACGUCUUCAGAGCCAUUAUGGAAAGUACCUAAUAUUUAAUAAUGUGACUAAAGACCACAUUGAAUUUCGAGUGUACUGUGCAGCCAACUAUGGGUACAAUGGUCUCGAUUACCUUGUCGCAAGUGACGUCAUGAUAAUAACGGUUUGCUGUGCCCCGUCGACAAUCAUGCAUAACACAGAACCGACCUCUGUGGAUAUCCAUGACGACAAAGGUUAUCUGACGAUUGAAAUGACAGCCUAUCCCAUCCCUCAAGUGACAGCCACUAUGUACCUUGGUCCAGUUCUGACUGAUGGUUUCAAAGGUGAAGAUACAAGCAACACGACACAUGUAAUAUGUGCUGAUGUCGGUCUGACACGUGCAUCAGUGUCGUGUAACAUCACUGUCUCUAACAUAUCACAAGCUGCUGAUGGCUUCUACAAAAUCGUUUUCGACAACAAACUUGGGCAGCUGCCUUUUGUAUUCACAAUCAGGCGUCAAGAGCGCAGAAGAGAAAUACCAUCGACAUUUCUGUUGAUUUUUGUCGGCGCAUUUGCUGUUGCCAUUGUUGUCUUCACUUCUGUGACAGUCUACUGCGUCAGGCGUUGGAAACGUAAGUUAAUUAGGCUCGUGGCUUGAUUACAAUGUCUGUGUUGUCAUUUAACAAUAAAUUCAAGAAUUUACUGGCUUUUUUAAACUCAGGUUUUUUUUAAUGGAUCACAAGCGAAACAGGAAAAAUAAAAGUCCUGUUUAGUUUAAUUGUUUUUGAAGGCAUUUUGGCCAAUACUCGGUUGAUUGAUGUGGAUCAGCAGCAGCAGCUUCUAUAUACAGAAGGUAAUACACUUGUUGCUCAAAGGAUUGUAGCAUCUAUACAGACUGUGGCAUUUUUUUAACCAGUUUGGGUAAGUCAUUAUUACUUCUUCCUCGUUUAAACUGUUUGAUUUGACAGCUAUAUCUAACUUUUUGUGCAUGUUCCAGUUGACAACCGUUUACUUCUCGUAUAUUUAUCCCAGAAAUACUUUUGCAGCCUAAAUACUUAUAAUUUUCAUAUAUAUAUAUAUUUAUGCAAACACACACACACACACACACACAAAAGCUAAUGCAUGCCUAUAGACUCCCUAUGCAGGGGAAACAUAACAAUAUUCAGAAAAAGUAAAUAAACAUUGGAUCGUGUACUGAAAGAACAAUAAUGAGGGACAAGUCAUAAUUGCUAAAUAUGAUAUUGUAAAAUGUUUCAGGUUAGAAAAGGAAUACAAUAUUUUUAGCCGGACAUCAAGAUGCCGAUAUGACGCAUGUGUCUCUGAUUAAAGUAUUUUUUUCUGAGUUUCUCACAAUCCAGUGUUACAUAUUUUAAAAUUGCUACAGACGUUGUAUAUAAUGUGAAUUAAGCUCUACGCCAUAUAAUACAAUUACAACACACACAACCACCAUACCUUCUUGUUUAUAUUGAGUUUCACCGCCUCAUAUAAUGUAUCACACUUAUGUUAAAACGGAUAUAAAGCAGGUUAAAUGGAGGAAUAAUCAUUACAGUAUUCACGACCUCUGGGUGCAGUCCUUUGAUUAGCUAACACUUGGUUUUUGUUGUUGGCCUUUAUUUUUUUCUUAUUUCUUUGCCACCAUUGAUUAGCUCUCUUACCUAAUUAUUAAGCCCGUUUAAAGGAAAGCAUACAGCAAGAACUGCAUAUUCUGUCAAAGGUAUUGCUAGUCAACUUUUUUAUUCAUUACUUCUUUCUUUGUUUUUAUUUGACAGUAUCCUACCUAAUGUACAGCAUACGCCAUAGAAAACAAACACUCAUUGUUUACUUUAACAUGCAAAAUUGUGUUGUUGAUUUCAUAUAUUUGUAUAUAUUUAUAUAUUUGUAAAUAACGUGAUAUCUGUAUAAAGGUAGAUAUUUCCUAGUGAUUAUGUGGUUGUCGACGAGGUCAAAGGAGUAAACCUACCAUAAAACGAGUUAUUUUAAAUAUAGUCACAUUGUAAAAAGAAUUAUCAAUUAGUUCAACUGGUAAGCAUAAAUUGCUAACAUUUAUUGUUUUUAAGCGAAUAGAGCAAGGAAAUGUACAGAUUUUAUAAUAAUUAUAGUGUAUAGAGCAAAGGAAGGGGGAGGGAAGAAUGAUGUUAUGUUAGUUUAAUUGAUGUCGCUUAGUGCUGUUCUGCUUUAUUUAAGGGAAGUAAGCGAAUCAAAAUACGAAUAAAAACUGGACACAUUUGCAGUUCUGCGGUUGUUUCCCUUUUGUUAUAUUUAUAUAUAUAUAUCAUGGUUAUCAUUCAUACUAAUCAACUACAAAUAAAAAGCAAAUCAUAUAAUG